AUGGCCACACCCGCCCUGGCCUCCUCCGAACAGGGAGAGACCAUCUCGUCGGAGCUGGCAAGGCCAACACUGCUCGACUUGCCCAUCGAGACCCUGGAGGAGAUCUGCUCCUCGCUACCCCUCCAAGACAAGAGGUCCAUCCGCCUGGUCAAGUGGGACUUCGCCGAUGUUGGCGCACGCACGCUGUUCCGACAUAUUAAGCUCUACGUCAACGGAGAGAGCUUCCGCAAAUUCGAAGCAGUCUGUAAUCACCCAGUAUUUGCACGCUACGUCCAGUCUGUGGUCUUCGACACCCGUGCGAUACAAAUCACCAUGAGUAGACCACCUGCAAUGAGCAUCAUGCAGAGCAGUGAUCAGGCGCCGAGCACGAUAUCGGCGAGUCCGCUGGACAAGGCAGAGCCGAUUUGCACUAAAUACGCCAAACUUCUCCAUUUUGUUACAGAGCAGUCCGAGAUCGUGAGAACAGGUCGUGAUUACGACUUGUUCAUGGCCUGCCUCCCCAAGCUGAUCGCCCUGAAGGACGUCACACUCGGUCCGCCAGGGAAUAGCCGCGAGACGAUACCAAAUGACGGGCCGUUUGAGUAUUGGCGACAGCGCGGAGAGACGUGGGUCGCUUCUCAAGGCCUACGUUCCUCCCGCGAACCGCCCUGUCCGUGUGUCAGGCUCACAUUUCCUGUCUACGGCUUUAUGCACCCAGAGCGGAAUCCCGAGAGGUGCAUCGUGAGUUUCCUCAAGGCUUUGAGGUGGUGCUCGUUUCGCCUCAAAAGUCUCGCUAUCAUCAACGUGGACAAUUUCAUGAUCCAUGUGCUCACGCGGCGCAAGUAUGGCCUUGGUGCUCCAUGUUUACAGGAGGUGACCAACUUCACGCUCAAGCUGUGGCAGCGAGGACCCGCCGAGCGCCGCUGGAGGAAGGCCGUCAGUACCGUCCCCAUGCUGACCGGGCUCAUGGCCUGGCAGAAACUGUGGAGGGUGCUGGAGAAGAUGCCCAGUCUUAAACACAUCAUGCUGGACCAGUUGAACGAUGUCACCUCCAGCAUGAAGGGAAGCUGGCACGAGAAGCACAUACCGGUGCCCUUUGGUAUGGUCUUUCAGCCCGAUGUCCACAUCGCCCACUUGGAAACACUCCGCCUCGGCAACUUUCAGCUCGGUGGGCUCGAGCUGACCCAUUUCGUGAAACGACAUCAAAGCACAAUGACGGAGGUCUUUCUUGAGAGGUUACACUCCAGGACCAUCUCAGGAGACAUUAGAAGGUUUUCCUCGUCUGAUAUGGAGAAUUUGAACCGUCGAAGAGAGGAGGAGAAGGAGAAGGGCAGGAUAAACGAGUGUGGUUGCAAGGUGUGGAUCAAAGUUUGA